UGGUCGAAGCCGGGUCAUCGAGAGGCCACCACGAAAUACUUCAAGCUUCAUCGAGCUCGCGAAGAAAUCACUCGUUUAAACGUUGAAGUUCGGCGCCUGCGCACCGCCAUCCAUGAUGAAGAGCUUGGGGUGUCUGACGUCAUGCAGGAACUUCUCGUUUCAGACCCUCACCUGGCCUGCGAGCUACAGCGCCAAUAUCGUUCGCGCCUGGCUAUCAAUGCAGUGCAUUGUUACCGGUUGAGUCGCAUUGAGAAACUCGCAGGUUUUUCGGGAGCCAAAGGUGUUGGCGUCCGCCUUCAGCGCGCUGGUGAAUCU